CCUUGGGUAGGGGUCUGGGGUAGGGGAGAGUUUCAGAGACAGGAGAUGCUGUCAAAAUUUCUGUGCUCCAGUACCUAAGACUAGGAGUUAGCUAGGAUCACCUACUAUGUGUCUAGCACUGCAUAACAGGAAGUGUUUUUUGGGUAAGUGGAAAGGAAUGGGAAUAAGCUGUACUUCCCUCCCUCCACCACCCUCAUGAUCCUUUCCAAUUUCACUCCCACCAGUACCAGUGCUUUUUUUGAAUGUAUAACUUCUGUUUCUUCAGUCUGUAGAUCUUCCAGGCAUCUAUCUACCUUUGGCUUGUGGAGAGUAGGGAAGAAGUUCUAGCAGGAAUACAUUGCAUAUAACCAUCUCCCCAGCCUAUCUACAUAAAGAGACCAGUCUUCUGUCCUGAAAAUAUUUCCUAGUUUAAGAUAAUCUCCUGUUCCACUAGCCUUUCCUACCUAGUACAGUUGAUCAUGGGCUUGAGGAAGACUAGAAGAAAGCCAAAAUUCAGAAAGGUGCCCUGGGCUUGGAUUGCAUGGAUGAGUAUGGGUUUACAAACAGCUGGGUCUGUGAGGCCACAGGGUGGCGCCAGAGUAAGGAUCUCCCUGAGAGAGGCCCAGGAACUACACUUCCCAGGAGGCCUUGUGCAGGCGCCCGAGACGGAGCUAUCGGAGGGGCAGGACCUGCGGACGCUCGUUUGUGAGGAGCUAGUGCAGCGUCGAUGGCUGGCCCAGUAAAGGACCGAGAGGCCUUCCAGAGGCUAAACUUCCUGUACCAGGCCGCCCACUGUGUCCUUGCGCAGGACCCCAAGAACCAGGCGCUGGCGAGGUUUUACUGCCACACGGAGAGGACCAUCGCAAAGCGGCUGGUCUUGCGGCGGGACCCCUCAGUGAAGAGGACCCUCUGUCGUGGCUGCUCUUCCCUUCUUAUCCCUGGUCUCACCUGCACCCAGCGUCAGAGACGAUGCAGGGGACAGCGCUGGACAGUACAGACCUGCCUGACAUGCCAGCGCAGCCAACGUUUCCUCAAUGAUCCUGAUCAUCUGCUCUGGGGAGACCGGCCUGAGGCCCAGCUGGGGAGCCAGGCAGGUGAGAGAUCCCAAAUCUCCACAACCCCUGCCAAACACAGCCCACCCCAUUCUAGCCCACCUCUGUGAGGAGAAAGUGCAGCAUGAGAGCUCCAGCCACCAGUGAUGGAUUCACCUUAUCUUCGAAAUAAAUAAAGUAUAUUGGUGUCUCACUUUGUGUGAUUCUGUGAGUAUUUCAGCUCUUCAUUCUAUUUUCCUCUGUUUCAGUUUGUAUUUCUCUGUCACUGGCUAACCUCUCUGUCUUUACCAUGUUCAUAUUCCUACAAUUUGGGGAGAUCCUGAUUUCUAUAAACCACUUGCCCACUGAGCAGCUUCCAUUUCCAGGAUACUGACCCCAGUGCUCCUUCAUCCCUGCUUCCUUAGUGUAAUGCCACAUUUGGAACUCAGGAUCCAGGGUUGUUGGCAAGAGCUUGAGCCUUCAUAGAAUAUUUUUUAUUUAGGUAGCCCUCACUGUUGACUAAAGGGCUAAACAGACUGCUGAUGCCACUGAUGUCGUUUUUAGACAAGGAAAAAAAGUUUAGGGGGUCAGAAUGGCUUCAGAUCCUCCAGGCUCACUCCAAGCUGAUCUUUCCCAAUCUCUUGGUUUUCUUCUAUAAAAUUCUAAUAUGAGAAGUGGUACAAACCUGAACAAGGUCAAAGGUGAUAACGAAAGGACAUUUGGUGGACAGUACACAACUGUGCCGC